AUGCAAACUUAUGAAAAAAGUGGGUUACUUGUGGAAAAAACUGAGCUAGGUAGUGCAAAGCUGAACUUUGUUCUCACUGCUCUUCUACAAAAUGGGCCUAAGAAUUCAAUGACGAGCAAAAUAAGCAGCUCAAGCCGCAGCAAGCACAACGCAAACGUCAUACGUACCAAAAUUCUGCCAGUCGUAGUUUGUCCAGAAAUCAACUCUCCGGCCCAGUCUUUGGCCUCGGUCAUGAAAGUCCCCUCGAACUCCUGCUUGCCCUGCCUCGCACUUUUCUGUUCCUUCUGUUUCGGGUCAUUUGGAGAUAGUUCGGGUUCCUUCCGGCAGCACAGAAACGCAAACGCCCUCCACACCAGAACAAUCAACAAGCCCGCUAGAAACGUAAAGAUACUCGAUAACACAAAACACCACCACUUGCGCACGGUUAGACAAUCAUCUUCUGGCGGCGGGGUGGCUUCUUCGACGGGGCAGCAGCACGACAUGCCGGCCACGCGAUUACCUCACUGCACUGGGGUAGAACCUCAUGAGCCCGGUCGGGGGUUGCUGCUGCACGUCAAGGCGAGCCGCGCAGCGCCUGGGCCCGGGAGGCUCGCCACGGCUCCAUGCCGACCCGACCGCCCGCUGCAGGUGAAGUGCCCCGACCAGGCGACGCGCCCGCGAUCAAUACCCGCGCGCGCCGGGCCACAGCGCUGCCAACCGCCCUCGCCGAAAGGCGCCUAUAUUAUUUAUAAACCGGCCGCGCUCUACGAAUAGCAACGUGCCGAGCCGAGCCGUGGCGAGCCGUGGCGUGCCGUG